AACUAUCCGUUUGCGGCCUUUUAGUUUUCCAAGUCAUAAUUGUUUGUAAUGAUCCGCAAGUUCAUGUGUUGGAAAGGAAACGAAUAAAAACUAAUGAUUAAUAUGCGUGUGUAUGUAAGGCGAAGGGUUUAUGCAUUCCACUCGGAUCAACAUUAAUAUUGCACAAGGGGAAGCCAGGGUCAACACGUCCGGGGGCGAGCAGAUGACAGACAACCAAAACAAUCCAUCCCAGGGUGAACAGCAGCAGUCACGAUUUUCCGUAUUGUUAAGAUUGACUGGCGUCCAGUAAAUCUGGUGUGGUGAUGCAGUUACAGUUUUUUUGUAUGUGACUAUCUUCCUUACGAUGGCAUAACACCAGGAACCAGCUGUUGGAUGAGGCUGCGAAACGUCAGAUGAAAAUUUAGUGUGGCCAGGACAACCACAUCAUCACAAUAUGGCACACUUCAUGGGAAGUGUUUCUGGUGAAGGGGGAGGGGAAGUCCAGCUCAUGGAUGCUAUUGUCCAAUGUUUGUUUGCUGAUGAUCUCAACCAAUAUCGAGGUGCUCAGCCUGGAAGAAAAUGUUUAGAUGGUAUUUACAGCGAGUCCCCAGAUUAUGGCUGUGUCCAGUCCUUAGUGAAGCUUAGCCUAGAUGAUGCCUUGCGACAUCAUAGGCAUUCUGAGGCAAAAGAGUGGUCCAGUGAUGGCCGUUUACCCAGUGAUUCCAAGAGAGUGCAGUUUGAUAGUAAAAACUCAGUGGGAUCAUUUUCAUUCAGUGAUGAUCGGUUGGGUCUCAGUUCUCAGGAUAAUUUUUCAACCAUACGUGCCAAUACGUGUGUCUAUAAAGGGAGAUGGCAGUAUGAACUAAUGUUAGGAACUAAGGGAGUAAUGCAGGUUGGUUGGGCUACAAUGAAUUGUCAUUUUUCAAAGGAAAAAGGUGUAGGGGACACUCCUGAUUCCUAUGCAUAUGAUGGUAACCGUCAACGCAAGUGGAAUGUUGCGACUUACAAAUAUGGAGCCAUGUGGCAGUGUGGUGAUAUAAUAUCUAGUACACUUGACCUGGAUAGGGGAAUUGUCAAAUUUUACAGGAAUGGAAAACCACUCGGCACUGCCUUUGAGAAUGUUAAAACAGGCCCUGGUUUAGCAUACUUCCCUGCAGUUUCUUUGGCUUUGGGAGAAAACCUUACAGUCAAUUUUGGAGCUACACCCUUACGCUACCCUCAAGCAGGGUACUUUCCUCUCGAAUCACCGCCCACUACAGAAAAAGUAAAAGCACAGAAAUGUAUUGCGUGGCUCAAGAAACUUGUUCACAUGUAUCCUGAUGAACAACAGUCUGGAGAACUACGUCAACUGGAAGAGUUGUGUGGAAGUACCCAUGGUGAUACUUGCUUAUUUAUUGUUGCACAACACAUUGCCACUCAUUUAGGUCCACUGUUAACAAUGCCAUAUAUAGUAGAAGCAUGUCUUGUUCCUGCUCUAGCAGAAAUAGCAGAGGUCAUACCUUUAUCAACAUCAGAGGUCAUACCUUUAUCAACAUCUAGUUAUCAGCAUGGAAUGCAUCAAGAAAUGAGAAAGUCUUCAUCUGAUGGCCUUAAUUUAAAAAAGGCACACAUACUUUUUGAUUUUCUCGUGGCUUCUUUGGAAGAUCAUGAACUCUUGAAGUGCCUAGAAAAUUUAAUAAUCUGCCUGUUGACGGGCCACAAGGAGCCAGCAGAGGAUAUUCACUUCCGAGGCCAGAAAUAUAACCUUCGUCUUCUGUAUGUUCUUCUCUCCCAUGAUCGCCUUAGGAAAUACUGCCUAAAUAAAAUACUUUUUGAUAAAGUCAGAUUCCCCAGUUUUGUUAAUGUGAAAAUAGUGGAUGAUGAAGGUCUUAACAAGGUCGUGCCUACUGUUUGGUGGAGUUCAAAAGAUGGAACUCUUACAGAAGGUGACAAGCAAGCAUAUGAUAGAGCUUGUAAUGUUGUACGCUCAGCAGUUGAAGAGGUUGAAAAAAUUCAAAUAGACAUUCUGCGGUUGUUAUUGAAUGCCAAGGAUACUCCCAUGUACCAGGAUAGCAGCAGGGCCCUCUUCUUAGCAAAAUUCAGAACUUUCCUUAAGGAACAUGCUCCAGGAUCAAGGGUGCCUCCUGCAGGAUUUACUCCUCACCCAGUUAUUCUCUGCCUUUUCCAUCGUCUCUUAAGCAUAUUCCACGAGUUGUGGGUUUUAGAAAAUGGUAAGGCUGAUGUCGUCAUCCCACCCAGAUUGUUUUAUGAUGGCUCUCUCAAUUAUUUUGAUACUCAUCGUUUAGGGGGUUUGGAAUCCCAUUUGCAAAAAACACUUAAUAAAGAGAUAUUAAAAUGUUUACCACGCUCAGACAUCGACACUUCUAAGGUGCUAAGCAAGAUUGAUAAUGCAACAGCUGGGACAAGCUCAAUGGAGAUGUGCCACAGUGAACCUUCUACAUCAGGAGCCGUCCUUGGAGAACACCUUGUUUCUCAUAAACCAACAGUAUCAGAUGUUCGACAUUUAACAGUGACAUCAGGUGACAUUGAAGAUAAACCUGGUGUCCAGGAGCAAGCCUUGUUAAUUCACAACUCUCUUCUUCAUUUAUUGGAUGGCAUUAUAUUAUUGUAUCACAUUGGAGCGCAUAAGCAGCUUGGGAAAGUGGCGGCCCAGAGGGACUCAAUGAAUGAAAAUGUUGCCCAUGUCCUUGAAAUUGAUAAGAAAGUUAAAUAUUGUGGAGAGGAGAAUCUACAUCAAUGUCUCUUGGAGGAGUUACAGGGAUCACGAAUGGUUUUUAUAGAUAAAUUGAAAGAACAAGCAAGACAACAGGCAUGGGUAGUUGCUGCUGUUCACUCCCGUACAAAGCAUAUGCAUUUAAUAUCACUGAUGAAAGUUAUUCUAACUACACUGAAGGAUGCUUCAAAGGAAAGAGAACUUUUUGGCUUUGUGCCUGAUUUUUAUGUGGAAAGCUUAACGGAAAUGUGUAGUGCUCUACGGUCGUAUUUCACUGAGCCACCUGAAAAUGUUCCUGAGUGUCAUAGUCUCUUGAUAGAGGUGGGAGAAUUCCUUGCCUUGCAUUUCUGUGAUCAACGAAUUGUUUACGCGGACAGUAAAGACUCGCUCAUUCAAGCCUUAGCUGGUUUUGUUUGUAACAAAACAACCCUCACUGCCUUAGAAAAUAUGCCGAGAGAGAGUCGAAUACAGAUGGUGCGUAAUCUUCUUCAACCUUAUGAAAAUCGUGCUUGGGCACAAAACAAUUGGAUCCUGGUACGAUUUUGGAAAGGAAAUGGUUUUGGGUUCAGAUAUACCAAAAGUCCACACAUGACGAAUAAGUUUGGACCUAAGCCAGCUCAUUCAGACAACCCAAAUUUUACUCAAGUAACAGCUCCUUGUCCAUCACCAACUUUCCAGCAGCAUGUUGUUGAAGUGCUGAAAGGAUCUUCAGAAGUUGCAACUGCAUUUCUUAAUUCCUUACUAAUUCAGCUGAACUGGGCCUUCUCAGAGUUCAUUGGAAUGCUGCAAGAGAUCCAGAAUGCCUCAAACCGUCCAGAGCGUGUGUUUAUUGAUUCAAGACAACUUAGAAUUUGUGCUACCUGUUUUGAUUUAGCCUUAGCACUCCUGCGUGUUUUAGAGAUGAUCGUGAAUAUUGCUCCAGAAUUGUUUACUGACUUAAGUAGACCAAAUGCAGAAUCACUAUUAAGCAGAUUGUGUCAGUUAUUGUGCCAAGUUCUUUAUCGUGUCAGUGGAUAUUCUGGAUGCUUUGGAUAUGUUGUAAGUUUGGAAAUUCCAGGUUUGGAAACCAUUCAUCAUUAUCCAAUUCUCACUGCAGUUACUGGAAUUCUUAUAACACUUGUGAAAACUGGCUAUGAUCCAGCAAGUCCAAAUUCACAAGUGGUAAGUAAAGUCUUACUCAGUGAGCCAAACUUUCAGUUGAAUUCUGUGUAUCACCUUCUGGGUGGUCAAGAUGCAGUGGUUGCUUCUGAUUCAUCACUGGGUGGAGCUGUAGAUGUAAAUAGCCUACUUCCUCUUACACAAGGACUGAGCACUUCAAGUUCUCCUAACAGUGGAAAUGCCAUCAAGUUCUCUCUAAGGAAUUAUCCAGAGGAUGUAUCCAGAGAAGAAAUAGAGCAAGUUGAAGCGUUUAUCAGGCACUUGGAAGCUUGUGUAGAAAGUAGAGGUGAACAGACCCCUGGUGGAGAUGAUGAUUCAUUAUGUACAAUCUGCUAUGCCUAUCCUGCCUUAGCCAAGUUUGACCCUUGCCAUCAUUUAUCUUGCAGGGGCUGCGUUACCCAACAUUUAAUGAACCGUACGGACUGCUUUUUUUGUAAGGCAACGAUAAACAAAGUAAUUGAUAUGUCCAGUAAUACAUUCAUAUAUGAAGGAUCAUCAGUGGAUAAAUCUUCAGAUCAGAAGCCGAAGUAACCUGGUUGGUGGAUCUUGUGUAAAUCCUAAUAAUGAUAAUCACUCAUUAAGAAAGUGUUUGGCUUUCAAAAUGCUUUUUAUAAAUUUAAGGAAGCACAAGUUAUAGAUCUUCUGUUAUUUUAUAAAAGAUACAGCACAAGAAACUCAACAUCAAGAAUGUGUCAUGUUUGAUUUUGAAUGUGUCCAUAUGAGAAAUGAAGCUGUUACUUUACAAAAACCUUUAUUCCUUGUCUAGACAGGGGACUGAGCUCUGAAUCCCAGUUAUAAAUGAACAAGUAGUAAAUAGAUGGCAUGCCUCAUGGGCAGGCCUUUCAUCUAGCCUCAUGAAGCUCAUUACUUAUGUUCCUGAUUUGAUUGUUUAUAAAUAUUACUGCAUAGAUCUUUUGACUAAGUUUUGCUUUUUUGUCAUGUUUAAAGUGCAUUUUUUGUAAUAUAUUUCUCUAUAUUAGUAACAAUUUACUAGUACAUACUAAAUUCUGUGUUGAAUAUACACAGUGGUUUAGUAAUAUUUUCAGAAGUAUAUAAUUUAUGGGAAAAUUAUUUAUUAAUCAUUUUAGCUUCUCAGUAGCAGAUACCAGCUGGUUAGGAGUCACCAGGGGGGGAUUUUAGCUAAAAAGCUCAGGAUUCAGAUGUCUUCUAGACAGCUAUUUCACUAUUGUAAAGUACUAAGUUUACUUUUCUUAUCAACAGUUUUUCAACUAAUUUAUUUUAAAAUAUACAGACCAGUCAUUUUAUUUGAAUACCAUCCUGACAGGGGAAUGACUGAUUCAGUAUCUUAGAUUGUACAUGCAGAGCAGAGGAUUAGCAAGCAACAGCAUAUGUAAAAGGAGUUUCUCCUUUAUAGAGACGUCUUUUUUGCCAUCUAACUUCUGCUUCAUUUAAUUUUAAUUGGUUUCAGAACUUAGCCUCCCUGCACUGUCAGCCAGUAAAGGGUUAAGUAAAGUCAUUUAUGUGUAAUUAUUGACAGAAGCUGAUUUUACAAUUGACAUUUUCAUGUUUUGUACUAAAAAAAAAAAUAAAGGAAAGUAAGUGGAGUAACAUGAAAUAUUUUUCUUGUUAGUCACAUAUCGAAUUUACAUAAGGUAUUGUAGUGUACAUUACACAGUGUCAUGCACAUAUUUUAUUGUAUUUAAGGUAGCAAAAGUGUAGUGUCACCAAUUUUUCGUAGACAGGAGUGCCUAAGUCCAACAGAUGUGCUGUCUUGUAACUCUACAUAUGAAUAAGUGAUCAUAAACAAUAGAAUAGUGGAAUGUUGCAAACAAUGACUUUGACAUUCUCGGAAUAAUUUUUUUGGAGAAACAAAUCCACAGUUAUGGAUAUAUACAUAUACUUACAGAUUUGUCUUUAAAUAUAUGUACGUACAUAUCCAUAACUGUGAUUUGUUUAUCCAUUUCAAGACUCAUGCUACUAUGAGUAUUUUUUAAAUAAUUUUAUUAUUAAAAGGGUAAAACCAGUUCUUUCAAGCACACUUGAAUAUUAUUGCAACAUUAAGAAACCCCAGAUAAAAUGGGAGACCUCAAUAGCCUCUGGAUUGUUUAAGGUGAAGUGCGAAUGAGAUACUGUCGUAUUUUGCUUUGUUAUAGAUUCCAGAAGUGGUGUGAUUUAAGUUUAAUGCCAUGAUUACACUUUAAAUACAAUAAUCUGUGAUGAAGGUGCUGCAUCAUGCAUUAAUAAUUACUAUGGACAAAAUUAAAUGGAAAAAUUUGUGAUGUUCAUUUUUUGUGUAAUGCAAUGUUUUAUGGUUGUAUAUUUAAUUUUAUGGAAUGAUUUACUGCUAUGUAAUUCUAUUUUAUAUAUAUCACAAAGUUUUUAUCCUGUAUGGUUUUUCAAAGUAUAUUUUGAAGGAUCUCUAUUCAUAACAGAUAUUGUUCAUAUACGGAACAAACCUCCGGUCUUAACAUUAGGAUUCAUUAGCGCCAAGCUGGAAACCGGUAGAAUUAAAAUUACACUUGUGAGAUCCAGGGACUAUUGGCAUCUAUACCAGGUCACGGGGCAUGUAUACCCAGAAUGCCCUCGGCGUCCUGUGACCCAUCAGUUAUUUUCCUACCGCCUUUAAGAUAAGACGUGUUUACUGUCUAUCUGAUUUAAAGCCAGUUUUCAGUUUGCCCGUUUUUUAUCCAUUUCAUUUUUAAUUUUCUUAUUACUUUUUCUUUCUCCGAGUGUGCUCAGUGUGAGUGUGAUCGGUAAGAGUGUAUAAGUGGUAUGAUGGAGAUUUUCGCCUCAACAUCGGGAUCGUCUGCUGUUUCGAAGAGGAGACAAAGGAAAUGCCCAGGAGUCAGUGGCUUUCCAUGUUCUAGAUUUCUAACUUUGGUGUCGACGGAUCCUCAUCCAACGUGUAGUAGGUGUAGGGAAAACGUAUGUACAAUUACUAAUCCAUGUUCUGUUUGUCGGGGUUGGUCGGUGGAACAGUGGAAAAAGUUCUAUGAGAAAGGCCAAUACAAAAGGAAGGUGGUGAUGCCAUCUUUGGAUGACCAAACCUUACCGGCUUCUUUUGUAUCGGCAAUAAACCAGGCUGCUCCAUAUGUUUCUCCACCUGCUUUUGAUUUGUCCCAUACCCCUUCGGUUUCUCUUAGCGAUUCAUUAUCGGAAACGUCAGGAGGGGUCUUGGGUAAUUUUAUGCAUAAUAUGCACGCUCCUUUGUUCCCAGCAGGUAGAGGGGAAGCAUCGCCAUCUUUGUUCCAGACGCCGGCUCCCGAAGUGCAUAGGUUGGACGGUACGUGGUCAGCGCUAGGCCUACCAGGCGUACCAACCUUGGAUGGUUUGCUUGCGCAUUAUAUGGCGUCACGCUUCCAGCAGGGUCUGGCAGUGCUGAAUGUUCCUCAUCCCCCUGGCUUGCACUUUAUGGGAAAUAAUGCUGCGGCUACGCCAUCAAAUUCGAUGUUUACAGCGAUGCAGGGUUGCCAGCAGAAGGCACACAGUCUCUCCCUACGAGAUUGGUGACGCCACAACAUACGUCACACACCGAUAUGGCAGACGCGAUGACGUCACAGACUGCUUCUUGGCCUAUUUUGCUGCACCCAGACUCAAAUACGCCUUCUGACUCGGCAAUACAAACUGUAAUGCAGAAAUUACAGGAUAUAGAGAAGAGAAUGGAUAAGAGAGACAAAAAGAAAAGGUGUGAUUCGCCUUCUUCAUCUUCUUCCUCUAGUUCGGUGUCAUCGCUAAGUCCGAUGACGUCACGGCGAGCGCCAGUCAAGCGUUGGAGAUUUCCGGAUUUUGCGACUGAUCCUCGGACUAAGAGGAGAAGAGUGAAUUCUUCUUUAUCUUCAGACCAGGACUGUCGUAUCCCAGUCAGCAGGAAGGUCGGGAAGUCAGUGGCUGGUAAGCACAAAGCUAGCAGACAAAGCCGUUUGCAAGAGUCCAAACAAGCGAGAGAGGCGACGGUCGACGGACUAGCGGCCGACGCGGAGUUGCCAGUUCGGAUCACAAAGACUACGAUACCGCGGGUAAAAUCGAUGUUGGUGGCGAAGGGUGCAGCAAAGGAUAGAAUGCAGGUUCCAGUUUGGCCCAUAAGGCCAUUCAAAAUAUGCACAAAGGAUGAUAAGGCUCCUAUUAAAAGUAUGAAAAAUAGGGAGUUGAGAACCUCGUCGGAUAUGUUCGUUGAAGGCAGUGUCCGUCUGGAUGAAAGGUCGAGGCUGAGUUCUCCGACGCUUGAAAACGAUACCAAUACUAAUAGAAACGAAGUUAUAUCAGUUUCAAGGGAGCCUUCAUCUUGGAGAUCUAGACGAGAUUCUCGCUCUAGAUCCGUGAGCAGAGAAAGAGUGAGGUGUUCUCGUUUCCUUACUGACUAUUCGGGAUCGAGCCAACGGCGGCCAGCAUAGAUCAAAGAGACCGCAGCCAUAGGGGCAAGCGGCCGUGGAAUUCCUGGCCGUUUGUCAGAAGAUAGGGGUGAGACAACAUCCCCUGUGACGGAGAACAGUACGUUAGAGCCGGAGGAAGGAGAAAACCAAGAGUAUCUGGCCUCGUAUGCAGAUGUGAUUGAUUUGAUUCGUCAAUUCAAUAACCUUUCGGAGAAGACAGAAACACCUGCCAGUAUGCUUCCUCCGGGAAUCGUCAUGGUAUUUGGAUUAAAAAGGGAUACGAAGGUGUCGUUUGAAUUGCCUUGUUCGAGUCAUGCGGAUUCUGUCUUACAGCACGUAAACACAAAGAUUGCAGGAAGGGAUAAUUCCUUAAGAUCUAAUAGAUCAUUUAAAUUUAUUCUUCCUUCAAUGAUGAAGCAAAGGAAAUAUUAUACGACACCGAAGGUCCCUUUGCUGUCUAGACAAGUGAACCCUAAUGUUGUAAGAUUAAGGCCUGGAUUAACCUUGGAUCAGGUUAAAAUGGAGUGCCCUUCGAUGACAUACCAAGAGGCUGCUACGUUAGAAGCAACAGCUUCUUCUGUCUUUCAGACUGCUUCUUGGUUAGAUCUUUGGUCAACAGCAGUGGCGAAGAUUGCAUCCUCGGAAGUGACAAGAAAGGUAGUGGAUGAAUCAUUGUUCAUUAGAUUGCUACAAUCAGGUUCCAAAGCGAUUGCGUACCUGACAAACUUAAGUGCCAAUGUUUGGGCAAAUAUCCUGCUAAUGAGGAGAGAUGCAGCGUUGGCUAGACUAAGCCGCACUGUGGAUUUGGAUUCCCUGUUAGCGAUGAGGAAUGGGGAUAUCUUGGAGUCGCAACUGCUGUUGCCAGAGGUCAUACUGGAAGAGGCGAUAGAUAGAAGAAGGAUGGACACUAACGAUAGGUUGGUGCAGCAGGCAGUUAGGAAAACGUCUUAACAGUCAAGCUACUCCUUUGGAGGUGAGACAACAGCAAAUAUCUCAGAAGAAGACAGUGAGACAUAACAUCCCUAAUAGAGCCACAAGACCCUCUUCCCCAAAGAGGCUAACUCAUCGGCCCUUUCACAAUAGAAACAACAGAGGAAGGGGGAGUAGGGGAAGAGGGAGAGGCUCAAGAAGAUAGGAUGGGCGCCUCUCAUCACUCGGCCACACCAGUGGGGGGUUGCCUGGCAAAUCACUGGAAGGUCUGGCAGGAACUGGGGGCAGAGCAGUGGGUGGUGGAUGUUCUGAGGGUCGGGUAUUUGAUUCCGUUCGAGGUAACCCCGCCCCUGACAGAACAGCCAUUACCCCACUUCGCUUAUGCUCAGGAAUCUCAGAAGGCCAUUAUUCUGCAAGACGAAGUGAAAAAGAUGACGGAAAAAGGAGCUGUGGAACAAGUAUGCAGUCCGUCGAAAGGCUUCUACAGCAGAAUUUUCCUAGUACCCAAAGCCAAUGGGGAGUGGACAGUAAUAGACCUGUCAACUUUGAAUCUGUUUAUAAGGAAAACCAGUUUCAAAAUGGAAACUCCAAAAACGGUUCUACAAGCAGUCAGGAUCGGGGACUUUAUGCUGACAGUCAAUCUGAAGGACGCAUACUUUCAGAUACCAGUCCCUCAGUCUUCAAGGAAAUUUCUCCGCUUCAGUCUUGCAGGGAACGCUUUCGAAUUCAAGGUCCUGUGCUUCGGAUUGACAACGUCUCCUCAAGUUUUUACAAGAGUGUUCACUCUCGUGUCAACGUGGGCGCAUGCUCAGGGGAUCAGGCUAAUAAGAUAUCUGGACGAUUGGCUGGUGAUAGCGAAGUCCAGAGAGAAAUUACUCAGGGACAGGGCGACCCUCCUGCAGCUUUGUCACAGCCUAGGUAUUGUGAUAAAUCAGGAGAAGUCGCAGUUGGAUCCAAGUCAAUGUUUGGAGUAUGUGGGAAUGGUUAUAGACACAACAGAAGCCAAAGUAUUCCCGACAGACCAAAGAA